AUGAUUCUGACAAGUAUUAUGAUCAUGAUGCCGGAAGUAUUGUUGGAUGGUCUUUGCUCCCUUCUCGACCCGCCUUUACGCCUUACUUUGCCUCACAACAGAGCCUGCAUCCACCUUCUGACCCCCAUCCUUUCACCUCAUCUUCUGGCUCCACAUUCUCCAACCGCCUUCUUUGGCUUGUUGUUGGCUGUUAUGUCUCUUGCGCCUAACAGAGGACAGCUUGGCACCUAUUUAACACAGAAUGGUGCAAAUCUGUUUCACUUGUCAGUUGAUUUCAUACAAAAUCUUUCGUUAAAUUUAUUUAUUUGGGUAAAUUCUCACCUUGCCCAAACCAUCGCUUUUCCUGUUUCCUUCCCAACCUGCUAUCCAAUUCCUCUCCCACCCUCCCCACUCAACAAUCACAAACCAUUGACCAUCAGCCUGGACAAUCGGGGCCAAAUUGGUAAAGCGAUCGACGGUCGAGUCCCCUUGAUACCCAUUCGUGGCAACCUCUACUUAGGCGGUUCGAGCGACCCGUCUCGUGACACGAUGGGCAAUGUCAACAGCACCUUCCGGGGCCGGAUCAUAGGCCUCGAUUGA